GACGAUGUGAUAUCAGGACCCAGCUUCCAGCGGCCGCAUCUCUGCGAACCCUGCGUCAUGAGCUGCUGCGUGGCUUUCCUCUGGCUGCUGGCCGCCUUGCUGGGAGAAGCCUUCUCUCUGGAAUGUAUCCACUGCACCAGUACGACGGGGAACAGCUGCACCGGAGCCAAGAAAGCCUGCCCCACAGGAGAGGACCACUGCAUCUCCAUUUAUACCGAGAGUAGCUUACAAAGCGGAAAACUCAAGCAAUUUGUCAGAUCCUGCGCAGUUGAUAAGCACUGCAAUCAGACGUCCCGCAUGACUUUCAAUUACACCAGUCAUUACAGGUCCAGCAAGUGUUGCAACAGGUCAGAAUGCACCCCUGAUGCGAUAAACCUUUAUGAAAAGAGAGAGAAGAACUCUGUCACCUGUCCUUACUGCGAUGAGAAGAGUGAGGAGUGCAAAAAGACCAUGCCCAUCCAGUGCUUGGGAGAGGAAAAUAAAUGUAUAACCUACAGUUACGUCAAGAUGGAAGCUAACAACAAUAACGUGACCCACACAAUGAGAGGCUGCGCUACUGAAGACAUGUGUGAGGCGAAGAAAGAGGCCCUUCUUUUGGGAGAAAAGCUCAUCCCCAAGUCCGUGGUCUGCAGCCGUGGCUCCAUUAUCUCCAACCUGCUCUUCCCGGGAGUUUCUGGCCUCCUAUUUCUCAAACUCCUCUCGUAAGAGCUGAUUGCGGAGAUCGGGAAGAGGUGUGGGGGUGUGAAUAUUCAGAAGGAACCUUCUGGGUGGUCUUCAAGGCAUUGCGAAGCAAGGUGUACCCCACAUGCAUUAUACGAGCAGGGCAAUGCAUGUUCAUACACUGUAUAUUUACGGCAACAUGUAGAUCUAAUUAAAUGUGCAAUCCCAUUUACAAUCAUGUUAUGUAUGUGCAAAUAAUGUAUUCCUAUAUAUAUAUAUACACAACACAAGCAGAAGAACACAAUGUAUCUCUUAUAAACAGUACUGGGAAAAUGUAUUUACUAUAUGGUGUGUGCCAAGCAAAGCAUGGCUGAGAACAUAUCAACGUAAUGCUUGUGACAUGCAAGGCACAUACGUGUCUUUAAAAACAAAGCAUUGUUUUCAUCAUCCUCAGCGGAGGGUUAAUAUUUUAAUACCGAAAACCUCCGCUCACUCUUUCAAGAUACCAAGACCCCAAAGAGCGGACGCCGUCCGGGUCACAAAAACCUGCAGCAUCUACGCCAAAGUCUGUAUUUAUUUAUUUAUCGAUGUUUUUUAUUUUCUCAUGGGCAGUAGGCGCUCACGGGGCUCACGCGUGCGAAGAGGCGAUGCGACGUUUAGCUUUGCUCCAUUUACAAAAAAAAGCAAACCUUAUAUUCCAAAUUUGUGUAUCUUUUCGACUUUUUCCUGCAAGUGUGUGCGUUCUCUCUCUUUUUUUUUGGUGGCCUCCAAUGGGAAUUUAAAGUUAAUAAAAUAAAAGUUUUUAACUAAAAAUAA